AACAGACCAGAGAGCUAAAGCUAAAGCCAAAUCCAAAAGUAGUUGGAGAAGAAAGAAGAACCCAUGAAAUUCCACGCACGGAGAUUCCUCUUUCUCUGCCUUUAAAACCCAAAUUAUAUUCCUUUAGAAAUAAAAAAGAAAAAGAAAAAUAAAAAGUCACAGUGCUCAGAGAGAGAGAGAGAAAAGCAUGACCGAGAGGAAAUGGAGCUAUAAAUAAAGAGAGCUCAAAGCCCUUACUUUAGUGGAAACUUAAUAACUUUCUCACCCAAUUGCUUAUUUUCCCAUUUUUGUAUUCUUUUUUAUUUAUUUGUUUAUGUUUUUUUUACUCAAUUCUACUAAUUCCGUGUUUAAUUUAUUGAAAAUAAAGUCAGGGAUCGGCACCGAAAAGCUUCUCUGGUUUCACUUUUCUUGGUGAAACCUUUUGCAUUUCUUGGAUAAUCCGGGGUUUGGAUUUUUUGACCCAUCUGAUGAUUUAUUUCCAAACACAAACAUUGUAUAAACCACCUGUGACUGUGAAUUUUUCAUCUAGGCCUCCUUUAUACUACUCAAUUUCCUAUAUUUUUCUUCCCUCUGAUGUUUUCUUUAUAUGCUGCUUUAAUUGCCUUAGAUUUCGUCUCAAAAUUUGACAUAUCCCAUAUGUGAAGUUGCUUGCUUUGUUUGAAUUCAACUUUGAGAGGGAGUGAUUGAGGGAAACUAGCAAGAUAUUGGGUUUCUAAUUUUGGGGUUCAAAGAAGUGGCCUUUUUAGUAAAAUGGGGGAUCGAUUUAGGUCUGUUUCGAUUGAGGAUUUGCCAUCGCAUUUAAUUUUGGAGAUUUUGACCUCUGGCCGGCUUGGUGCCGUUGAUCUUGCUUGUUUGGAGUUGACUUCUAGGACUUUUGGUGGCAGUCAUGGGUUGUACCCUCAUAAGUUCCGGUCGUUGGUGGACUUUGUGGCAUUUCAGCUGUGUGUGUCGAAUACAAUGUUUGCUUGGAUGAGUAGAAAUGCUCAGGGAGAGUUGUUUGAUCGGUGUAAUGGGAACUGGAAGCGGGUUUUGAGGUUCUUGCAGUCGGUGGAGCAAUCAUCAGAGAUGGUUGAGACCUCAGCAGGCAAUAUGCAGAUUACCACUGGAAUUUAUCACACAUUGCUGAUCAGCAAUUCAUCAGUGUACACUUGUGGUUCCAGCUUGUGUGGUGUUCUUGGUCACGGUUCCGAAACAACACGAUGUGUAGCAUUUACCCGGGUUGAUUUCCCAUCUUUGGCUCAUGUUGUGCAAGUUUCGGCUUACCAAAAUCAUGCUGCCUUUGUCAUGCAGUCUGGAGAGGUUUUCACAUGUGGAGAUAAUUCAUCAUUUUGUUGUGGCCACAGAGAUACAAGUCGCCCCAUUUUUAGGCCUAGGCUUGUUGAUGCAUUGAAGGGAGUUCCUUGCAAGCAGGUUGCUGCAGGGCUCAAUUUCACUGUGUUCCUCACAAGACAAGGGCAGGUUUAUGCAUGUGGGUCCAACACACAUGGGCAGCUUGGUCAUGGUGAUACCCUAGACAGACCAACUCCCAAAAUUGUUGAAGUGCUUGAGGGAGUUGGUUCUGUAGUUCAGAUUGCUGCAGGUCCAAGUUAUGUGUUAGCUGUAACUGACAGCGGGGCAGUCUACUCGUUUGGUUCAGGUUCUAAUUUCUGUCUUGGCCAUGGAGAGCAGCAUGAUGAGUUCCAACCACGUGCAAUCCAGACUUUCCGGAGAAAGGGAAUUCAUGUGGUUCGUGUCUCUGCUGGUGAUGAGCAUGCCGUUGCACUUGACUCCAGUGGACUUGUAUAUACUUGGGGCAAAGGCUACUGUGGUGCACUAGGACAUGGAGAUGAGGCUGAUAAAACUACUCCAGCACUCCUGAAUUGCCUUAAGAGCCAUCUUGCUGUGCAGGUAUGUGCAAGAAAGAGGAAAACCUUUGUUCUAGUAGAUGAUGGAUCGGUUUAUGGCUUUGGGUGGAUGGGGUUUGGUAGCCUUGGGUUCCCAGAGCGGGGAGUAUCUGAUAAAGUCAUGAGGCCCGGAAUCCUUGAAUGCUUAAGAGGUCACCAUGUAUCUCAAAUUAGUACUGGGUUGUACCAUACAGUUGUUGUCACUAACCGUGGAAAAAUCUUUGGGUUUGGAGACAAUGAAAGAGGACAGCUUGGGCAUGACACCUUGAGAACAAGCCUCAAACCUACUGAAAUUUUCAUUCAAGAAAUGACAGAUGAUACAAAUGCUGUUGCAGAUAGUGAAUGACAUUCAAGGAGCUAUCAUCUGCUUUGUGCUGGCUAUUUAAUAUAGCUUUGUAUAAGAAGUGAACACCAUAAGAUUUUUUUUUUUUUGGUUAUUCUUGUUGAAUUGCAUUACAAAAAAGAAGAAGAAGGAAUUGUUAAUGUACUUCAAAUUAUUGUUGUAUUUUAGAAUAGUUUUGUAGCAUUUAAAA